UAGUUUGCAAAACAAAGACGGCUUUUGUGCCAAAACAGCUGACUGGCCUUUAAAAAUAACAAAACACAUUCCUCAAUUUGAUCCAGACUUUUCUCAGAUUUGUGCGUUCUUAGUGUGAUAAAUUUCGAGAAAAUGGGUGAUAACGUUGUAUCAUUUACCAAACAAAUGCAAAAAGCUACCAGGAAUGUCCAUAGCAUAAGUGACGCACUUGUUAAUGCGAAAUUGGCUUUUGCACUGUCGGAUGAUUCUGUUUGGUCUCAUGGUCUCUUGAUUUUUUACGAGAUCUUCAAGUAUCUCGAGGCGAAUGUUCCGGAAACAAUCCUUCCGUUGAUUUUUCAUCGCAGACAUGCUUUUGAGAAGGAUCUGACGUUCUACAUGGGCAAAGAUUGGGAAAAGAACUAUGAACCAAGGAAGGAAGUUGUGAAGUAUGUUGAACAUCUGCAAAGUCUCAAAGAAAGGAAUUCAACACUGCUUGUUGCUUAUGUCUAUCAUCUCUAUAUGGGCCUUCUGUCUGGAGGGCAAAUUCUGCAGAAAAAGCGACGUCUGGCCAAGAAGUUCAGUUCAAGCGGUGAGGGCGUUGAAAAUGGAAUGGCUGUUACGAAUUUUGGAGAUACUCCGAUUCAUGAGCUGAAGACAACGAUGAGGAAUUUAAUUGACCAACUGGCCCAGGGCUACAGUGAUGAGACAAAGAGCCUGCUAAUUGAGGAAAGUGAGAGGGUGUUCCAGUACAACAACACCAUCAUAAGAACCGUGAAAGACGUGAACAAGGUAAAUUUGAGAAAGUUUGUUCGUUUUUCUUUUCUACUCUUUAUACUCUAUCUCAUGUACAAAGUCUUUACCACGUAGUAUAAUUACAUUAUGCAACAAUAUAAUAGUGAUUCAGAAAUAUAUAUAUAGUAUUUUUUGAUACAUUCUCCUCAAAAAUUUGCUGCGUGGAAGAGAUUGCUGAAUUGUUCUUCAAUCUUUGCAAUAUGGAAAACAUUUUUCCUCUAAAUGUGUCCAAAAAAAAACAAA